AUGGACGUAAAUAUUAACAAACUGCGACGCAGUGCACAACAACUAUUGCAGCUGACUGCCAGUGAGCCACAGGAUGAUAAUUUUCUGUUGCACGUGCAGAAAUUUAUUAAGAAGCAGCACUAUGUGGCAAAGGAUGUUGAAUGCUUGUUUGAAACUCUUAGCCAGCAGCUAACAGUUCCAGCAUAUACGCUGCCGCUGGCCAUAAGCUUUAGGGAGCAGCUGUUGUUGUUGCUAAGCAUGUCGCUGCGCUGCAAUGUGGCAGAGCAGGCGCACCAAUAUGAAUUGGAGUGUGUGGCAUUAGCAAAACUGUUGCAGCUGUCUGUGGAUGCACAAAGAUUUGCCAAAUGUUAUUUUCGUCAAAAGCCCGCGCCGUUUGCGCAGCAACAAAGCGCCGCUCAAGUUCCUGUAAAGAAAAGCAAAAAGACUAAAAAUGUUGGGACAAAUUUGCCGCUGAUUAAGUGCUGUUAUCAGCUUUUAAAAUGCGAUGUGGCUUACUAUCGGGAGUUGUGGGACUGGUCGUCUUUUCUGGAACGCUAUGCGCCACAACAGACACAGGCAUGUCAACUAACGCAGCUUUACUGCAAUGAGGUGAUGGCCUUGCUGAGUGACAUGAGCGCCACCCAGCUGCAUACAUUCAAUAGGGAAAUAUCUGUGUCGGUGAGGCUACAAUUUGAGGCAGAGCAACAGCAGCUACUGCUGUUGCAACAAACUAGCUGCACUUACUUGCCGGAUUUGAAGGAGCAAAUGCUGACUGUGCAGCUGACGCAAAGCAAGCAAGCGGUAACCAAUAUGGAAGGUGUGCUGCUGCCAGUUUACAAUCAGGAGAAUCAAGAGUUUUAUGCGCAUAGCGAUGGCUGCUACGAUCGCAUUGUUAAAGUGGACUCUACUAUGGUGAACUUGCGUAGCAUUGCCCUGGGCGUUGCAGCAGCCAAGCCAAUAUGCCUCUCCGGUCCGGUGGGUUGUGGAAAGACUACGCUUAUAGAGUAUUUGGCGCGCAAGACUGGACGCAUUUGUCCUAAGCCCAAAGAACGCGAAGCACAUGCAGCUGCGCUGCAGAAAGCAGCAGAGGAGGAACAGCUGUUAAAACCUAAAAAGAAAUCAAAGAUAGCUAAAGCAACUGCAAAUAAGCGAAAGUUAAAUGAUGUACCCUUGGAGCAGCUGUUGGAUUUGGAGAGUGAAAGUCAACUGAGUCGUCAAAAUGGCUUCCUACGCAUACAGCUUGGAGAUCAGACGGACAGCAAAAUGCUGCUAGGCCAAUAUCGCUGCACAGAUGUGCCGGGCGAGUUUAUUUGGCUGCCAGGUGUGCUGACACAGGCUGUUAUGCAUGGCUAUUGGCUGUUGCUUGAGGAUUUGGAUGCGGCCACACAGGAUACAUAUACCAUACUAAGCAGUUUGCUGGAGCGCAAUUAUCUAAGCGUGCCCGGAUUCAGGGAUUGCGUUAAAAUCGAGCCAGGCUUUCAGCUGUUUGUCACAGUGCGCACCAACAAGUCGGCAAGCAAUUCCAAUCGCAAAUCCUUGUAUGCACUGCUGGAAAAAUAUCUUUAUACCAUUAAUAUACUGCCGCUAUCACGCAAUGAGCUCUGCAAGGUCGUAAGCAGCAAUUAUCCCAAGCUAGCGACGGUAGCCAAUCGCAUUGUGGACGUAUUUUUGACUUUCUCCAGUGGUGAUCAUGCGGCGGCGGAUAAUUUGCGGCAGCAGGAAAGCAACGACAAGGCAGACAAUACCGAGAAGUAUGUGGCGUUGCCGUUUGAGCAGCUGGCGCCGGGUAGCCUGCCGCAUUCGGGCAGACUGGUGUCUACGCGUGAUCUCAUCAAGCUUUGUCAGCGCGCCAGUGCACAGUUCUCUGUCACCAGCGCCGAGUGCGCUUACUUUGUAUUCCAACAUGCUGUGGAUGUUUUUUGUGCGUAUAUGCCCAAGACCAAGGAGCAGACGGCAUUGAUUACCAGCAUAGGCGCCAAGUUGGGCAUUAUACGCUCACGCUGCGAGCAUUACGCUAAUGACUACAAGCCAGAGUCGGAAUUCGGUGCGCAACAUUUUAGAAUUGGACGCGCUACAUUGCCAACGAAGCCGGAGGAGGAGGAGGAGCCGCAGCAGGAGCUGCAGCUGGAGCAGAGCGCUGCCAAGCGACAAAAGCUAAGCAAGCUAACACGCAAGAGUAUGUCACAGGCUAACGCCAAGCGGGUUACCUUCUCCUUUACGCGUCUGGCCAGCUGCAUUCUGGAGCGCAUUGCAGUCUGUGUGCAUCAUGCCGAGCCCGUGCUGCUAGUGGGCGAGACUGGUGUGGGCAAGACCUCUGCCGUGCAGUAUCUAGCCGCACGCACUGAACACAAACUGGUGGCCAUCAAUAUGAACAAUCAGUCGGAUGUGUCGGAUCUUGUGGGCGGCUUUAAGCCUGUGGAGUUGAACUAUGUGCUGGCGCCGCUGCGCUAUGAAUUCGAGCAUCUGUUUAAUGAAACAUUCAAUGCAGCCAAGAAUGCGCAGUUCUUGCAAAACUUUGCAACACACUUUAACAAUGGACGCCACAUGGUUAUCAUACGCAGCAUGUUGCAUGUAUGCGCCGGCCUGUUGCAGAAGCCGGAACAUCAGUGCAGCCCGGUGCUGCCACGCUGGCAAACGUUGCGCGAGAAACUGCAGCGUUUGCAGUCACAGCUGGAGAAGAGCAUCAACAUAAGCUUUGCCUUCAUACCCGGAUCGCUGGUGCAGUGCAUUAGCAAUGGCGACUGGGUGCUGCUGGACGAGAUCAAUUUGGCUACAGCAGAGACGCUGGAAUGUUUGUGCACCAUUCUCGAGCCCGCUGGCUCGGUGGUGCUGCUGGAACGUGGCGACUUUAUGCCGGUGAAGCGUCAUCCCGACUUUCGCAUCUUUGCCUGCAUGAAUCCCAACACAGACAUAGGCAAAAAGGAUUUACCCGUGGGCAUACGCAAUCGCUUCAGCGAAUUCUUUGUGGAUGAGCUUACAACCGAUGCGGAUCUAAGUCUGCUGGUGGGCGAUUAUUUGGCCAACACGGGCAUACAGCGCAAAGCGGUGCACAACAUAGUGCAACUGUACAAGAAUCUGCGUCGUCUGGCCGAGCUGCAGCUGAACGAUGGUCUGGGCAAUCGUCCGGUUUACUCGCUGCGCACACUCUGCCGCAGUUUGCGCAUAUGCGCGCGUAAUCUCUGCGGCUCCAUUGAGCGUAAUCUGUACGAGAGCUUUUGUCUCAGUUUUCUGACGCAGCUGGACACGGAGUCGCAUCAGCUGGUGCUGCUGCUUAUACGCGAUGCGCUGCUAAGCAAUCCCAAAGCGGUGUUGAAUCAAGCGUUGCCACAGCUGGGCGAGAAGUAUUUACAGUUUGAAGGCUACUGGAUACAGCAGGGCGAGCUAGAGCCACAAGCAUGUGAGCAUUAUAUAUUAACUGCAAGUGUGCGCAACAAUCUGCAGGAUCUGGCGCGUAUUAUAUCCAUAGGACAGCUGCCCAUACUGCUGCAAGGACCUACAAGCGCGGGUAAGACAAGUCUCAUCGACUAUGUGGCACGUCGCAGUGGAAAUCGCUGCCUGCGCAUAAACAAUCAUGAGCAUACGGAUCUGCAGGAGUACAUAGGCAGCUAUGCAGCGGAUGCGACGGGCAAGUUAACGUUCCGCGAGGGCGUGCUGGUGCAGGCGAUGCGGCAAGGCCACUGGAUUAUACUGGACGAACUGAAUUUGGCUUCCACGGACAUUUUAGAAGCGCUCAAUCGUGUGCUGGACGACAAUCGUGAGCUGUAUAUAGCCGAGACGCAAACCUUAGUCAAGGCACAUGCCAACUUUAUGCUGUUUGCCACACAAAAUCCGCCAGGUCUUUAUGGUGGACGCAAGACGCUGUCGCGUGCGUUUAAGAAUCGCUUCAUUGAGCUGCACUUUGCGGACAUACCACGCGCGGAGCUGGAGGUUAUACUGGAGCAGCGUUGCCGCAUACCCGCAAGCUAUGCGCGCAAAAUGGUGCAAUGCAUGGGGCAGUUGCAACAGCAGCGCAAACACAGCGCCAAGCAGCUGUUUACGUUGCGUGAUCUGUUCCGCUGGGGCAAUCGCUAUACGUAUGCAGAUGCUGCACUGCAGCAGAUCGAGCAGUACGACUGGAAUCAGCAUUUAGUCGAAGAGGGCUAUCUAGUGCUGAGCGCCAAGGUGCGCACGCCGGAGGAGCUGCAACUCAUAGAGCAAACGCUGUACAAAAACUUUCGCAAACGCUUGGACUUGCAGCUGCUCUUCGAUGUGCACAGCGAGCAGCAGAGCUCCGCUGUUAGCAGCAGCAUUUUGAAGGCAAUACGUGAGUAUGCGCCAGGUGGGGAUUUGGUGUGGACACGCAAUAUGACGCGCAUGGCUGUGCUGACGGCCAAGGCGCUGCAGUUUGAUGAGCCUGUGCUGCUGGUGGGACCCACGGGCUGUGGCAAGACUAGCGUUUGCCAGUUGCUGGCGCAGAUUGCGAGCAAACAGCUGCGCAUACUCAACUGUCAUAUGCACACCGAGGGUGCGGACUUUUUGGGCGGACUGCGUCCAUGUCGCGGCGAGCAGCAGCAGCAGCGUCUGUUCGAAUGGGCAGAUGGUCCAUUGGUGUAUGCCAUGCUGGAGGGCUCGUACUUUAUGGCUGAUGAAAUCUCGCUGGCGGAGGACUCUGUGCUGGAGCGACUCAAUUGCAUACUGGAGCCGGAACGCAGCGUGCUGCUGGCGGAGAAGGGCGGUCUGCACUCGGAUGAGGACUUUGUUGUGCAGGCGCAAGCGGGUUUUCAAUUCUUGGCUACUAUGAAUCCAGGUGGUGACUUUGGCAAGAAGGAGUUGUCGCCAGCGUUGCGCAAUCGCUUUACAGAGAUUUGGUGUUUGCCCUCGGAUGAGCGUGAGGAUUUGAUAGCCAUUGCGCACAACUGCAUGUCACGUGCGCAGCUAAGCUACAGCAAGGACACGCAAGCGAUAGCUGCUUAUAUGGUGGAUAUAGUGUUGUACAUCAGACAGUGCCUGGACAAGUUCAAGUUCAGCGUGCGUGACAUUUUGGCAUGGGCCAACUAUAUGCUGAACAAUGCGCAGCUAAGUUUUGCUGCUCAGGCUAUAUUUGGAUUGGAGACUAUAUUCUUGGAUGCGCUUGAGAUGCUGCCACAUGAAACGGAACAGCAGCUGGCGCAGCUUAGAGCGCGUAUUAUAGACUAUGCAAUUAAGCAAGCGGCGCUGCAGCUAAACGAGCAGUUCGAUGCGGCGCAAGUUCAGCAGCAACGUGGACAGCAGCUGCGGUUGGAUUCACAACACUUUGGCUUGGCGCCUUUCUUCAUAGAAGUUAAUGCCGCCGGCUUAAGCGUUGAGCGCAGCCAAUUUCUAUUUGAUGCGCCCACUUCAAAGCAAAAUCUGUUUAGACUGCUGUCGGCGCUGACGCUGCAGAAGCCUGUGCUGCUGGAAGGACCGCCAGGCGUGGGCAAGACCAGCAUAGUGGAGAGCAUGGCGCAGGCCAUAGGCUAUAAGCUGGUGCGCAUUAAUCUGUGCGAGCAUACAGAUCUAGCGGAUUUGUUUGGCACGGAUUUGCCUGCAGAGGAUAAUCUGCUGGAGCGCGUGCAGUCGCAGUCACAGCUGGGCAGCUUUGUUUGGCGCGAUGGUCCGUUGCUGGCGGCGCUCAAAUCGGAGCACACAUGGAUUUUGUUGGAUGAAUUGAAUCUGGCGCCACAGUCUGUGCUUGAAGGCUUGAAUGCUGUGCUGGAUCAUCGUGGUGAAGUGUAUAUACCCGAGCUAAAUCGCAGCUUUCAGCUAACGCGCAGCACGCGCAUCUUUGCAUGCCAGAAUCCGCUCAAGCAAGGCGGCGGACGCAAAGGAUUGCCGCAAUCGUUUCUCAAUCGCUUCAACAAAGUUUAUUUGCGUAGUCUGAGCACCGAGGAUUUGCUGCAUGUGGUCAACAGCAAGUUUGGCGCAUACUUUGAGCAGCUGCAGCAGUACUUUGUGCAGCUGCCUGAGAGCUGCAGCACAGUGAAUCUGUUUGAGCUGCAUGCCAAGCGACCAGAGCUCAGCGCGGAGUUUGAAAGCUUUGACUUGGCUGCGCGUUUAGUGCGCUUCAGCCAGCAGCUGGAGCAAGGCGUGGCCAGCAUGCAAUUUGGCUACAAGGGUGGACCCUUUGAGUUUAAUUUGCGUGACAUACUGCGCUGGUGUGAGCUGCUGCAGCAUGAAGCCACAGGCUUUAUACCAGGACCAACUAGCUUAAACUUUCAUGUGGCCUUUAACAAUUUCCUGCUAACGCUUUACGAGCGCAUGCAGCUGGUUUACUAUCAACGCAUGCGUUGCACUUCGGACAAGUUGUACAUACGUCAAGCCUUUGCACAAGUUUUCAGCUGCCAGGCGGAGCAGCUGCAGCAGCUGGCUGAGGAUGUGUCACUCUAUUGGACAGCGGACAAUGUUUACUUAAACGAUGUUGUGCUGCCACGCGUUAGCUUGCAACAGCAACAGUUGCAACAGCAGCAAUCCUCACCACUGUUGCUUGCGACGCAGCGGCAGCAACUCAAGCAUAUUGUGGAAACAGUGCACAUGGAGAAACCUUUGCUGCUCUGCGGCGCCACAGACAGCGGCAAGACCAAGCUCAUCGAUGCGCUCUGCGUGCUGUCGAAUCAAGUUUGCAAUACGGACACCAUUGAUGACUCAGUCACAGGCAGUUUUCAGCAGAUUGAUUUGAAUCGCCAUUUGGAGCAAAUUUACAAGCAGGCGGAGUUGUUGAUCUUUGGUGUAGCGCAGCAAACUUUUUUAACGCAACAUGCGCCGCAGUUUGUGCAACAAUUGUGGCAUGCUUGGAGCAAGUACAAUCAGCUGGCGCGCUUAAGCACAAACUUGCAGCAACAUACAGUGGCACAGGAGCUGAAGCUGUUUGAGCAGCGCUUAAGCGCUUUGGCCAACAUUAUAACGCAGCUGCAACAGUUGCCGGAAGAAUGCUGCACUGACGCUUGCGCGCAGCUGCCACAACUGGAGGCAAAGCUGCUGCUGUUGCAAGCGUACAUCAAGUCGGCGGAUUCAUUGAACACAGGCGGCAGCUUUGAAUGGGUGGAUUCGAAUAUUGUAAGCGCACUGAAGAGCGGACAAUAUGUGCUGCUGGAGCAUGUGAAUCUUUGCUCGGCAGCAGUGCUGGACAGACUGAAUCCAGUGUUUGAGCCCAAUGGCAGUUUGCUUAUAGCGGAGAAGGGCAUGGGCACGCAGGCGCAGGGCGUGGAGCUGGUGCGGCAAGCGCCAGGAUUUCGCGCCUUUCUUACCAUUGAUCCCAAGCAUGGCGAACUGUCGCGCGCUAUGCGCAAUCGUUGCGUAGAGUUGAGUCUAAGCGAUGCGGAGUACAGCGUGGAUGAUAUGCGCGCGCUGUUGCAUGAACAGGGCGUGUUGCAGCUAAGCGCCAUCGACUGUUUGUUGCAAAUACAUGAGCACAUACGCGGCUUGAGCGAGUUGCAUGCGCAUUCCAUAUCGCAGCUGCUGCAAUGUGCGGCAUUGAGCGUGGGCUACAGACGCAUUGGCUAUGAGUGGCAACGCGCUAUCUAUGUGGCAGCUAUGGAGGUUUAUGUGUAUGCAGCAAGCGUGGAUUUGCUAGGAUUUGGACUCGCCUACUAUCAAAAUAAACUGCGUGAACUGGUGUUGCAACAUACACAAAACUUUGAGGAGCAGCAACAGCAGCUGGAUCUAAGCGCAGUUGUGCUUAGAACAAAUGAACUGAAUGAGCUGACGCUGAUAAAGCUGCAAGCAGCGCCACUAACUGCGCUGUUGCAAGCUGUGCAUGAAGUGCCGCAGCAACUGUUGACGCAGCUAUGUCAAGGCAUGGCCGAGCUGCAAUUAGCUGAGCUCAACUUGCCGCAGCUGCUGCGUUAUUUUGUUUACAUGCUGUAUGAAUCGUGCAGCCAGCAGGACUUGCAACUGCGUCAGCUUUAUAUGCAACAACUGCUGCACGCGCAGCCUGAGCUGCUGUCGCUGUCGCAGCAACUUUAUACGUAUCUACAGCAGCAACUGCAGUCCGAUGACUUAAGCGACUUGCCCUGGCAACGUUUGUUGCUGCCGCGUUUGCGUGACUAUGCGCUGCAACCUGCCACAGCUGCAGCUCAGCAGCGCUGCUUAAGCUUAAGCGCUAGCUUAUGGACACGCUUGCUGCUCGGCAACUUGCCACAACCGCUGGCCAAUCAAAAACUUGCCACCAUGUCGCUGCUGGAUUAUUCGCAAGCGCUGCCACUCGGCAAAGUGUCAGACAAACAUAGCAACGUUUUCUUGUUGCACUUAGCUGAACUGUUGCAACAACUGUUGCACUUGCUGCAGCAUGAUUUGGCUGCUUGCCACUUGACACUUGAAGCAUAUGCGCAACUUUUUACGCAACUGCUUUGGUUCAAUCGGCUGCUGUUGGUGGCGCAACAGCCGCUGCUGCUGCACAAUGAGUUCAACGUGCAGUUGCAACACACGCUGCUGUUGCACUUCCGCUGGCUGCAAAAACAUUUGCUUAAAGCCUUGCAGCCGCACUGGCCGCAGCUGCUGCAGACGCAUCCACAGCUCAGUGAGUGCUUGCAACAAAUGCAAGUCUAUGUGCAACACUCUAAGCCGCCUACAAAUCAAAGCAGCAAGUUGUACGCCAAGAACUUUACGCUGUUCCAACCCAACUACUUGGAGGAGCAGAUAACGCUGCAUGAGCAGCUGGCGCAGUUAGAGAAGCUGCUGCAGUUGGUGCCGCAGUAUGGCAACAUGGAGCGGCAGCUGUGGCAGCAAAAGUGGCUGGCGUUGCACAGCGAUGCGGCGCACAAGUGGCGCGCGUAUCAGCGUCAAAACAGCGCGGCGCUUAAGCUGGGCAAGUUCGAGCUGCCCACAGCAGUGAGCAGCAAAGAGUUGCUCGAGUUGUUGCAACAACUGCAGCUGCAGCUUAAGCAGGCAGAGCAGCCUAUGGAAAUGGAAAUGCAAUUGAAAUUGGAUUUGAAUGAAAUCAAGGAAAAGUUAGCUGAGCCCAAGGCGGAGGAUGCAGAGCAGCAGCAGCAGCCCGAGCUGCGUAGCUAUCAAUUGUUGCUGCCAGCGUUGCGUGAAUACUUUAUGCAGCGUGUGGUAAGCGCAAGCUUGCAACAGCCGCAGCAGCAAGUAAAUGAGCUUUAUAGCGAGCAGCUGUUGACGCUCAAUGCGCCGCUGUGGCAAUGCUUGAAUACGCUGCAGCACAGCGGCCAUGAGCGCAUAAUGACAGCUUGCCACAUGUUGCAGGCAGAGCCAGAACUGCAGCAGCUAAGUGGCAGCAGCUGCUACAAAACGUUGCGCAGCUACGAGCGGCAAUAUCGUGCCGCAUGGCAAGCUUAUCAAUUGGACAACUUGGCGGUGCGUUUGGACUGCGCGCAGCUGCCACAAACGGCGGCACUGGAGCUGAGCUGUGUUUACAGUUAUCAAGGCGCAGCGCUAACAAAUACGCUGCUGUCGCUGCUGUGUCAAGGCAAUGGACAGCUGCGACGCGUGCCACUUGGCGAGCUGCAGGAAUGGACACAAAGCUUGCAGCAGUCGCGUCAGCUGCUGUGGCAGAAUGCAGCGCUGCUGUGUGGCAAGCAUAGUCUGCAGCACAAUGCUAAGGAAUGCUUGCAACGCAGUGGCAAGCAGCUGCUGCGUGAGUUGCAGCUAAUAGGCGUGCCACAAACACAGCAAACAAUGGUGCAGGCGCUGGAGCAAGUGUUGCAAGCAGAAAGCGCGCAGGAGUUGCAACAAUGCUUUGAUGCUGCUUUGGGGCACAUGCUGCUUGGCUGCCUGGAGUUGCAGCUGCUGUGCCAAGCGCCGCUUAUUGACCCCGUGGAGAAGCAACGACUGCGGCAACUUUAUUUGAGCGAGGACAUAACAAAUUUGCAACAUUUGCUGAGCGUAUACGAGUUUAUGCAGCUAAUGUUGCACUAUAAACAUUAUGGACAUGAUAUAUAUGCGCAGCUGCAGCAGCAACGCAGCGCGCUGUUGCAACAACAACAGCAGCAGCAACAACAACUGGCGUUGCGACCAGCUGAGGCACACACUUAUAAUCAGCUUGCCACACAGCUGCGACACUUUUUGCUAAGCAACUGCCAAAGCGCGCAGCUGUGGCAACUUUGUGUGGCAGUGCAACAGCAUUGGCAACACUUUACAGCAACUGAGGCAGCAACUGAAGCACAACGCGUCAGCUGCCUGGAGCUGCUGCAGAAGCUGCAACUUUGGCUAGCAAAUGCGCAACGCUUUCAGCAACACACACUUGCAACAUAUGAGGCUUAUUUCCAGGACUUGCUGCAGCCUGUCAAAUGCGCGCUGCAGCAGCUGCGCUUUGGUCUGGAGCAACUCAAGACUGUGUUUACGCGCGUGUUGCAAGCAGGCAGCGUGCAGCAAGCACAAGCAGUGCAAAGCGAACUGGUGCAGCUGCUUGCAUAUCCAACGUUGCAGGAAUUUAAGCUGCAGAAGCAGCAGCUGCAGCAAUUGCUAAUGCCGCUGCCACAUGCCGAUGCAGCGUACUAUGAACUGCUGCUAAGCAAGCUAAACGAACUGCAUUUGUUUAUAGCCAGCAGUGGCACGCAGCUGAAUGAAGCAAACUUCAGCGCCUAUGAUGAGGCAUUGUCGCUGUGUCAGCAAAGCUGGCAGCAGCAGCAGCAACGCAAGCAGCAGCAGCAAGCAGAGGAAGAAUCGCUGUACAAAACUAAAACUUUAGGUGGAGUGGAAAGCGAGGAGCAAAUGGAGCUGCGUGAGUUGCAACAAUAUUUUCCAACACAGCUCGAAGGUGACUUUGCAGAGUUUCUGGAUGAGCAACUGUUGCAGCAGCUGCGAGAGCGACGACAGCAGCUACAAAAUGCCAAAACAGCUGAUCUAAUGAAUGAAGUGCAAUAUGCGGAGCUAGUGCGCAACUUCCUGCAGCUAAUGCUGCAACAUAGUGAGGUAUAUUAUGAGCAGUCAGCGCAGCAGCAGCAGCAGCAACUAGAAUGGCUGUCGCCGUACGCAACGCGACUGCAGCUGUUUGUGCAACUGCAGCAGCAUUAUAAGCAAGCGCUGGGCGAGCAGCUGGAUGAGCAGCUAUACAAUGCGCUAGCGCUAAGCUUGAAUAUGCAGCAACAGCAGCUGCAACUAGAUGCAGCUACGUGUGCAGUUUACGAUUAUUAUAAAGACGCCAACAUAGCUGAGGCAAGCGGCUGUUUGGGCGUGCUGCAGCGCAUUGAGCAGCGCGUGUUGGAGCAACUGGCGCUUUAUCCGGAGCAUGCAGGACUUGCCGACAUACGUGUGAUCAUACAACGCAUACGCAAGCUGCCCGCCAAUGCAAGUCUGGUGCGUUAUAACACAGGCUGCCAGUUGCUGCGGCAAAAGGUGUCGCUGUGGAAUGAGCUGGCGCACAGUCAGAACAAUCUGCAGGCAGAGGAGCUGGAGCUGGCGAGCUUUGUGCAGCGCUGGACCAAACUGGAGCUGCAGCAUUGGCGCAGCUGCUUGCAGCAAGUUGCCAAGCAGUGUCAGCAGCACGCCUAUCGCUAUUGGUUCUACAUCUACGAGCUGCUGCAAGCGCCUGCGCUGGAUGUGCCACAAACAGUCAAAAGCUUGCGUCAAUUUGUUGAAACUGCCAACUUUGGUGACUUUGAGCUGCGUCUGCAGCUGCUGCACGCCUUUGAGCUGUAUUUGCACAACAAGCAGCGUCUCGACAGCGCAGCAGCAGCGCAGUCUGCAGCACUCAUAGCAGCGCUGCAUAAUUUGCAAGCUUAUUUUGCACAAUUCAGACUGGAGCUGCAGGCGCUGACAAAAACACGCCGCGCGCCACUGGAAAAGAAACUGCGCGAGUUUGUUAAAAUACAAAGUUACAACAAGGAUUUAAGCUACUUUAGCAUGCGUCACAAUGUUGCAAGUGUGCAUCGACAGCUGCACAAGUUUCUCAAAGAAUAUCGCUUGCAACUGGAGCUGCCCAUAACCGAACUGCUGCAACCCAAAGAUGCCACCGUUAAGGACUACAGCAUGUUGCAGCCUGCCAAGCGCGCUUAUAGCUUAGCUGACGCGCUGUUUAUGCUGGCGCCACAAGGCUACUUGCCGCUGCUGCAGGUGCCACAAACGCUGCCGCUGCUGCAGCGUCUGGGCAAACAUUUUCAUACUGCGCGUCAGUUGGUGCAGCAAACGCUUGCAAGCUGCAACUACAAUCAGCUGAUUGAAGCGCUGCAGCAGCUGCUGCAUGCGCAGCUGGAACGCUGCCACACGCUGCGCAGCUUGCAAGUGGAACGCAGCAAGCCACGCCCACAGCAGCUGUUGCAGGCCAAACAAAUAUUGCAACAAAAGCGCAAAGCUCUAACGGAUUUGUUUAAGUUACUCGCCAAACUGGGCGUAAGCUAUAGAUCUGGACUGCUCGAGUUGUCGCUGCGCAGCGACUUGGCGCACUUGCAACAAACGCCUUGCUGCUUGGCCAGUCUACAGCCGCCGCUGCCACAUGCUGCAGCUGCCACCACAGCAGCGUCCAGCGAGCUUUACUACAUGAAGUGCGUGUUCAAGCUGCAGCUGCUGCAGCAAAUAAUGCUGACGCCGCUCAGCGAACUGGGACCGCCCAACAUUGAACGCUUGAAGGGCAAUGCCGUCGAUCUAUUUCUGCAAGUGCAACAGCAGCGCCAGGAACUAUGCGAGGCAAGCAAGCAAAGCUACGAGCUGCGUGGCGCGCUGCAGCAGCUGCAACAAGUUGCUGUAUUGCAUGCUGAUGAGCAAUCGCCGCGCAGCUACGCUUGCCACAGCGAGCGACUGCAGCAGCUGCAACAACAACUAAGUCAGCUGCAGUACGUGUUGCAACAAUGGCAACUGCUGCUGAAUUGUGCGCCUGCCACAGCGGCUACAAUUACCGCUGACAAUGCGCUGUUGCAUGCCAUAACACUGCCGCUGCCACAGCUGCAGUCAACAAGCUCGCAGCUUUUGGCAAGCGUGCAACAAUUGCUGCUGCAGCUGCAGCAACAGCGUCAAGUUGCCUUCUUAAGCCACAAACAGUUGCAACAAUAUGAACAACGCUUUGCAACGCACGUGCAACAGUUGCAGCAAUUGUUGCAGCUGCUUAGCUUGCCACAAGGCGAGUACAUGCCGCUAGCGCAGCCGCUGCUGCAGCUGUUGCAAGCGCUGCAAGUGUCGGCGCCAAGCAGCAACAGCUUAGCGGAGCCUGUGGACUUGCAACAAGUGGAGCUGGAACUGGGCAACAUUGCACACUUAACGCUGCUGGCGUUGCAAAAGAUCUACAAGCAACAUUCUGCCACAGCUGCCACAGACGCAGCCACUGCGCCACAAGAGGAUGAAGAUGCGGACGACAUAAAGGAGCAGCACUUGAAGCAACAUCUAAGUCAACAGCUUAGCAGCGACUGGCAGCAGUUGCAGCUGCCACAGCUGUUGCACAAGCUUACGCACGUGUUGCUAUUGCUGCAACAUGCUGAGCCGAGCGUGCAACAUUCGCUUUGCCUGCGUCGUGCCGCCGCCUUGUUGCCCAUACUGCAACAAUAUCGUUUGCUUUCGGAUUAUUUGCUGCUGCAGCAGCUGGGCACGCAUAGCAUGUGCUCCAAAAUGCUGUGCAUCAUGCUCACCGCCUUUGUGGAGAUAGGCAGCAAAGGCUUCUGUGUGCCACCGGAUUUAAUGCAAGAUGAGCAGCAGGAGAAGCAGGACUCCAAGCAGGGUGAAGGCUUUGGGCUGGAGGACGGCACUGGUGAUCAAGAUGCAUCGGAUAAAAUCGAGUCAGAGGAUCAGCUAGAUGAUGCCAAGCGUCCGGAGGAUCGACAAGAUGAGGGCGAGAAAGAGCAGCCCGACUGCAAAGAAGAAAAGGGCAUAGAGCUGAGUGAAGAUUUUGAAGGCAAAAUGCAGGAUUUGGAUAAGCCCGAGGAUGAUGACAGCGCUGAAUCCGAAGAAGAGGACGAGGAGCUGAAUAAGGAAAUGGGUGAAACAGAGGAGGGCGCCGAUAAGCUGGAUGAACAGAUUUGGGGCGAUGAUGAGGAGCAGCCAGAGGAGCAAGAGGAGCCAGAGCUCAAUGAAGAGGAUCAGGGCAAAGGCAGCAAGGAUGAAAAGGAUGAUCACAAUGACUUGGACACCAAAAACGAUGCAGCCAAAGAAGAUGGCAAAGAUGAGCAUGAAAAGGAUGGACUCGAUGCCACCAAUGAGCAGAGCAACGACAAGGACAAGCGCAAGGAGCAAGCGCAAGAUAUAGAUGAUAUGAAAGACCAAGAGCAGGAUGAGGAGCAAACCAAUGCCAUGCACAAUGAGCUGGAGGAGCCGCCAGAGCCCGAGGAAAUGGAUUUGGGUGAGAUGAACAUGGAUGAGGGACACGACAAUGAGCGAGAGGAGGGCAAUGAAGAAAAUCCAUUUGACAUUGAUGCCAUGAAAGAGCAAAUGCAGCCAGCUGAGGAGCAAGAGGAUGAAACUGAUGAGCAGCCAGGCGAAGAGGACAAAGAUAAGGACAAAGGCGAUGAUUCGGCUGACAGUGAAUCCGAGGCCGAGGACGCUGGCACAGAGCAAAAUCUCAAAGAGAAUGGUGAAGCUGAAGAAGAAGAAACAAAGCCAGAGGAUGAGGAAGAAGCGGACACACAAAGGCGCGGUGAUUUGGAUAAAGAGGCAGAGCCUGAAAGCGAAGAAACUGCCGCUGAGCCACGCGAGGAAAAGCCAGAGCAACAUGCGCAGUCCAAAGAUAAGUCCAGCAAGGAAGAGAAUGUGCAAUCUGUGCCCAACACCGAGCAGAACAGCUCAGCAGAUCAAGUGCAGCAAGAGCAGGAAGAGGAUGUCAAACAGGAACAAAAGCUGGAUGAGCAAGAGACAGGCGAGGAAAAGGAUGGCGUUGGACAGGCUGAAAAUGAUACCAACGAUGGUGGCCAUCAGGGCAUAGCAGAGACCAAGGAAACCGUGACGCAAGAGGAGCGCAAGAAUGAAAAGCAAACGCAGGAAAAACGCAAACAAGGACGCACCAAUGAAGAGCGCACGCUGGGCGAAGCGGAGCAGCAUAAACUAAAGCAGCUGAAGACCAUUGAGCAGUUGAAGCAGCAGGCAGACAAUGAUAAGGAAGAGCAACAACAAGAGCAGCCAACACCAGAUGCGGAAGCAGAAGAAUAUCAGCAUGUCAAGGAGCCCAAGAACAGCGACAAAACUACGCUGGAUAAUGCCACCGAGGAGCAGUCUAAGCAAAUACAGCAUCAAGAGGAGGAGCAAGCUAAGGAUGAGCAGAAUGCUGAAGCGGAUGCUGCUGAAGAGCUGCAAGACAACGAAGAGGCGCCAGCACAGGAGCAAACAGAACUGGAGCAAAUGAGUGCUGAAAAGACAGAACAAAAGAGCGACAAACCCUCGAAAACAGAACAAGCCAAGACAGAGCGUUUGGAAACGCCGCAGGAAAUGGAAAUCGAGGGUGAAUUGAUUACCACAAUGACUGUGCCACGCAGUGCGGAGACUACAGCGCAUAGCAACACGGAGUUGUUGCUGGAUCAAAGCACGCAAGCUCAGGAGCUCAGCACAGCGGAGGAACUGCAGCUGCGUCAGCUGUAUCAACAACAGCUAAGCGGCGCCAAGGGCUCAUUACCGCAGCAUGAAGACUACGAAAGCUGGGCCAGCAUUUCACAUCGCAUGACACAAAAUGCGCGUGAGCUUUGCGAGCAGCUGCGUCUCAUUUUGGAGCCUACCAAAUGCACUCGGCUGAAGGGCGACUAUCGCACUGGGCGUCGCAUCAAUAUGAAAAAAAUCAUACCCUACAUCGCUUCGCAGUUCCGCAAGGAUAAGAUUUGGCUGCGACGCACAAAGCCCGCACAGCGUGACUACAAAAUUACCAUUGCCAUUGAUGACUCCAAGUCCAUGCAUCAUAACAACUCCAAGACACUCACGCUGGAGGCCAUUUCGCUGGUUUCGCAAGCGCUAACGCUGCUGGAAAGCGGACGCCUGAGCAUUGUGUCCUUUGGCGAAGCGCCACAGCUUAUACUCAAUCACACAGAGCAGUUCGAUGGACCGCGUUUGGUUAGCGGCUUGAAUUUCGCGCAGGAUAAAACCAAAAUUGCGGGUCUACUUGACUUUAUACGCACUGUCAACACCGAGGAAAGCGGCCUCGCUGGCGACAACAGUCUCUUUGAGAAUUUGCUGCUCAUUUUGAGCGAUGGACGCAAUAUAUUCAGCGAGGGCAAUCAAAAGGUGAAGAAUGCCAUUAAGCUGGCGAGACUACAACGCAUAUUCCUUGUUUAUAUCAUCAUAGAUAAUCCAGAGAAUAAGAAUUCCAUACUUGACGUACAACAUGUUGAAGUGAACGCAGACGGUUCCGUCAAAAUCAACAACUACUUGGAUAGUUUUCCUUUUCCCUACUACGUUAUAGUACGCGACUUGAAUCAAUUGCCGCUGGUGCUAAGCGAGGCUAUGCGUCAGUGGUUUGAAUUGGUUAAUAGUGAACAGUAGUCUAGUUUGUUUAUAACUAUAGACAAUCGCUUUAAAUAGCAUUAGUUUUAAGCACAAAGUGUUACAAUGCAACUAUGUAUAUUUUUGAUAUGUAUAUAUAAAUA